AUGGUUCGUCACUUUAAGAUAAAGGUUCCUGCCUCAUCGGCCAACAUUGGUCCUGGUUAUGAUGUUCUAGGUGUCGGUUUGAACCUAUUUUUGGAGCUAGAUGUUGAGAUUGAUGCAUUGAAUGCCCAAGAGACCAACGAUGACAAGAACAAUUGUAAGUUGAGCUAUACUGAGGACAGUGAAGGUUAUGACUCAGUACCUUUGGAAUCUGAUGCCAAUUUAAUAACAAGAACUGCGUUGUAUGUGCUGCGCUGUAAUGAUAUCAGGAAGUUCCCAAGUGGAACCAAGAUCAAUGUUCACAACCCUAUCCCAUUGGGUCGUGGUCUAGGUUCCUCUGGUGCUGCCGUUGUUGCCGGUGUAGUGUUAGGUAAUGAAGUAGGUCAAUUAGGUUUCUCUAAGCAACGUAUGCUCGACUACUGUCUAAUGAUUGAACGUCACCCAGAUAACAUUACCGCCGCCAUGAUGGGUGGUUUCUGUGGUUCUUUCUUGAGGGACUUGACUACCCAAGAAAUGGAAAGAAGAGAAAUUCCUCUGAGUGAAGUGCUACCUGAACCAUCUGGUGGUGAAGAUACCGGUUUGGUUCCACCAUUACCACCUUCCGACAUCGGUAGACAUGUCAAAUACCAAUGGAACCCAGCUAUUAAGUGUAUUGCUAUUAUCCCACAAUUUGAGUUGUCCACUGCUGACUCUCGUGGUGUCCUACCAAAGGCAUACACCACCCAGGACUUAGUUUUCAACUUGCAAAGAUUGGCUGUCUUGACCACGGCUUUGACAUUAGACCCACCAGAUGCCAAGUUGAUCUACCCUGCAAUGCAAGAUCGUGUUCACCAGCCAUACAGAAAGACCUUGAUCCCAGGCCUGACUGAGAUUCUGAACAGUGUCACACCAACAGCAUAUCCAGGACUAUUAGGUAUCUGUCUAUCUGGUGCUGGUCCAACUAUCCUGGCCUUGGCUACAGAGAACUUCGAGGAUAUCGCCGCAGAGAUCAUCAACGGAUUCCACAAGAAGAACGUCAAAUGUACCUGGAAACUACUGGAACCAGCAUACGAAGGUGUCACUGUAGAACAAUUAUAA